GACUUGUGAGCAGCCAUGGAUGGAUUACAGCUGAGGCAAGCACCCAGCACUCGGGGCCUCCUCAAGCUCACUGUUAUGGAGGUGAAGUGGAUUCAUGUGUUGGUCAUCUUCCUCUUCCUAUUGUCUGUUGCAAUGACAGGCUGCUUUCUGUGGCAGUACAGCCUCCCCAAGGUGGAAUCCAGCCCAUCUGUGCUGGAAGUGAGAAGAGAAGGUGUGCAGAUGUGCCCCCGCUAUCCCGAACCGGUACCACUGGACCACCCAAUCCCCAUUCUGAAGGAUGCUUUGGAGAAGGUAGAUCUGAUGCUACGCCAGAAGAUUCACAGCUCUGGGCUCCCUGCCAUGUCUGCCAUUGUUAUCUACAAUGACACUGUGCUAUGGACAGGCAACUUUGGCAAGAAGAAUGGUUCAGACCCCUCCUCAGUGGUGCCCAAUGAGUACACUAUUUACAGAAUUGCCAGUGUCUCCAAGAUCUUUCCCACCAUCAUGCUGUACAAGAUGUGGGAGGAAGGAAAAGUCACGUCUCUCGAUGACCCAUUGGAACGUUAUGCUCAGAACUUUGUUAUUAAGAACCCUCUGGGAAGGCUGAAGGAAUCAGAACAGAGAUACACAGGAGAUGGGAUGGUUUUUUUGGAGAAAGGCUCGAUGCCACUCAAGCCAUCACCCGUUACCCUGCGCAGAAUGGCCAGCCAGCUCUCAGGUCUGCCCAGGAGGCUGAGAUCUACCAGCCUUCUGUGGAAAGGCAAUACACAUGAUGCUCUCGCUCUCCUGAAGGAUGAUGUCUUGGUUGCUGAUCCAGGAACCAGAUGCCACUACAGCAAUUUGGCCUUCUCAUUGAUGGCCCAUGUGCUAGCUGAGCAUGCAGCUGAAGGGCAGUACCAGCGCUGGGUCUCAGAGAACAUCCUGGACCGUCUGGGCUUGGAGGACACCGGCUUUGACAUCACCCCACCCAUCCGCUCCCAGAUGGCCGUGGGCUUCUAUGGCAGCCACCAACCAGCCCCUCUCUACGACCUGGGCUGGUACAGACCUUCUGGCCAGAUGUAUUCCACAGCUGCUGACCUUGCAAAGCUAGCAAUGGUUUUCUUAGGCACCUACCACCGGCGUCUCCUAGAGCCUGACACAGUGAAGACAAUGCUGACUCCCUUGUUUAAGUGCUCCACUGAGUAUUUUGCUAACAAGACUGGCACACCUUGGGAGAUAAAUGAGCAGUCAGGGUAUGAUGUCAUUAGGAAGGAUGGAGACCUCGAUGGUUACUCAGCCACCUUCUCUCUCAUCCCCAAGCUUCGCCUCAGCUUCAUUGUGCUGAUGGCAGGGCCCAGGCCUCAAGGUGGAGAUAUCGUGACUCAGACUUAUGAGCAUCUUAUUCCUGCCAUGGAAACAGCAUUCAGAGAGGCAGAGAAAAGUCUGAUUCCUCCUCCAAGUCCACACCCUUAUGUUGGCUACUAUACCUAUUCCAACCUGACUUUCUAUGAGAUCAAAGUUGGGCCUGGUGGGGUGCUGGUCAUGCAGCAGUUUGGGCCUCACGUGGAAGAGCUGAUUCCUGAAAGGUACCGGACAAUCAAGCUCCACCACCUGGAAGAUCGUGUCUUCCAAGUGGUUUUUGACAAAGAGUUCCCAUGUGUUCUACACCUGGGCUCUGCCUCCAUCUCACUGGAGACCCAAAAUGGGCAGCUCUUUAACUUCUAUCCGUUGGACCGCAAGGGUUUGUCUCCUGGCUUCGAUGCCCCGGGGCUCAACACCUACAACGUGGUGCGUGUGCUUAGGAAACCUGUCUUCUACACCUAA